AUGUACGGUCCUACAUUGACCCAGCCUGCGUCCAUCCACACGCUUAUCCAUCCUACUUCUCCACAGCAGACGUCUUUCCAUCAAGGCGUUGGAAUUACCAAGUUGGAGAAUACGCCAGCUACGAUGAACGGUGCAAAUGGACGCUCGGCAUCGCCAACAACGUCCGGAGACAAUGGGUCCCCAUCAGCUCACCAUCUCUCACCUGAUGAGAACCCAAAUGGAUCCAAGGGACGUACAUUGAGCAACAGUAAGCGCGCCGAACAGAACCGAAGAGCUCAGCGCGCAUUCAGAAUGCGAAGAGACGCACGUGUCAAGUAUCUCGAAGAACAGGCAGCACUUUUACAAGAGACAUUGGCACAUGCAGAAGCAACAAACAAGCGGUGGGAAGAAUGUCGGGCCCUCGUCGACCAGCUCCGACAUGAAAAUAGCAUGCUCCGGUCUGCGCUCGAGAAUGCGGGUAUCGACGUUGAAUCGAUAUCUAAUCAGUCCACGACCUCGUCAAAUCUUGCUGGAGCAACUUCGGCGCCAGCGACCACCAGCCCAAAUGGCGUCGAUGGUGAUGCACACCGACCACUUUUACUCCACACAACCCAGAGCGCCUAUGAUGAUGCUAUUCUAGAACCAAGCAAAAAGCGCAAACGCAUCAUCGAGACGAAUGGCCAUGUCGAGACUGCAAGCUAG